GCCAUGCACUGCUGAAACAAUAGUCCAAGCUUCCGAUAAUUUCUUCAAUUCUUCUUCAACCCUGCGUGCUUUCGACAUUCACGUCAACAGCGACACAGCACGACAUAGUAUGAACAGUACUUAGCGAUAGAGUCAUGGCCAUUUUCAAGAACCUGUCGAAUAACCUAUUCGGCUGGAUAUCGCCGCGCGAGACGCACGAACGCAAUGCAAAAUCAUCUAAAUCACAUGACCUCAAAUCCCCAGCGGUGACUGCAGCUGUCAGGCGAAAGACGCAGAUCUCUAUUGCUGCCGCGAAACAAAUUACCGAAGGACCGACCCAUGUGGCUACUGGAAAUGUACCAUUCCGUCGUAAGGGCCGUAACUCCGGAAGCAUCCCCUGGGAAGAUGCCCCUCCGAGUUCUCCGCUUGCUGACACCAUUGAAAACCAGCUUGCAUCGACUGCUUUGCACGAUGGAGAUGCAGAGAUGGAGGAUGCCGGAGAGGAAGGGGCUGUUGACACCAUGAGUGAAGAAGAUGAAUCGACAUUUAUCGAUGAUGAGGUCUCGGAGGGGUUGGAAGCUGAAGAAGACGACGAAGAACGCAAGGAAGCAUCAGAGGUCGGGGACGAUAGAAAAGUGGAGACCACGGCCGAAGGCGAAUCAGAACAAGCAACCGAACCUGACGAAGUGAGAUCUGAGACUUCUCAGGACGAUGCUGAUGACGAAGCUGAUAUUCGUGACGCAAACGAAGGCACAAAUGUCGUUGACCUUGCCGAGGAUCAAGAAGCUGCGCUAGAAGCAGCAACACGUCAGCUCGAGAUUGAUCGGCAAGCUAAGUUUGAAGAGCAGAAGGAGGCGUACAUUGAGCUAGAGCGCGAAGGCUGGCACCCAAACACAAUAGAUUUGUAUCUCUUGGUUGAUCGAAGAACUGUUGAACCGCUUUUGCCAGCCGAUUGGAAAAUGGAUUUUCCUCUCUUCCCGUGGCAUGUUUUCACAUGGGACUAUAAGGAAGCUUUUCUUGGAGGCACCAGACCCGAGAAUGACUUCAUUAUGAACAAGGCACUUCAGAAUCUUUGCAAGCUACCAGUCCAUAUGCGCAAUCAGAUUCGCAUCAACGCCUGGUAUGGACGACGCGCAGAGGCUAUGGUGGUAAAAUAUUGUGAGGACUAUAUGAAAUUCAUCCACAAAGACUGCAAACUAUGGAUUCCGAUCAAGAAGAAAAAGCUGUGGUCUUUAAUCUGCUAUGCACCUGGCGACCCGGAGAAGAGUGCAGAUGAGCUGGAGGAAUUGGCUCUUAAACGAUUGCGCAAGCGGAAAGAAAAGGUUUUGGAUCUUUUACGAGUGGCGGACACAUCGCGCCGCGAUUCCGACUUCUUCUGGCAUGAUGGUUCAGCCUACCUUGUCGAGCCACCUACGUUGUACGGCGUGGUUGCAAAGCAAACGGUAGUCGCGCUGGUCGCCUAUGAGCCGUUAUCUCCUCGAGAUGCUUUGCGAACGAUCGCUUUCUUUCACAUGUCAAAGCCGAAGUACGAUGUCUGGAACGCGCUUGCACUGGCAAUCGUAAUGAUUCAUUGUCGCGACCAUCUGCUGAAGAUCAAGAAGGCAAUCCCUGAGAAUCUCGACGACCUAAAGCUGACUGACGACGAGGAAGAUCUUUAAUGUGUGAUAUCCCCAAGCUAAGCAGGCGGAAUUCUGUUCUUGAUGCUGUACGUGAAUCGAAAACUCCUGUCGACAACCACACGACACUUCUAGCUUGGCUUUGCAGUCGAACUACCGACAGCACAUCAGGUUAGCCAUGUGCAGGUAUUGGUCAUUCUCGUGGUAUGUUGUUCUGGGGAUAUAGGAAAGGUAUUCUACUCGAUUUUUUUUCUAGCGCUAUACCCACGAAGCGAAGGUAUUAUUAAAGCUGAAUUAUAAUCUCAUAUUAAUUCCAAACCUUAUUGUUCAUGCUG